AUGGAAGACCGAUCGUCAGCCUCAAAAACGGCUGCGAACCCGUCGCUCGCCUCGACACCCUCGUCGACUCCCACAAACAGCCGUCCCCUGUACAGCAGCAAGCUCGCGGCAGACCGAUCAAAGCCCCAAGAGGGAACAGCCGCGCCCCCGUCUGCCAGACAACCUCCUGUCCAGAAGGCCUGGACCUCCAACAGAAACCCCAUCACUGGUCGGACUUCGGUCCCCCAGAAUAAGCAGUCUGUGACGAGCUCCCUCCGCGAGGGUCAGCGAGUUCGUAUUGUCCUCCACAACGGAGCCGAAUUCGAGGGUAUUUAUAACAACGGUCCUGAUCCGACCAGCUGCCGCCUCACGAUGGUGCAGCAGAAGAAGCUCCCCAAUUCUUCCGACGCCGCGAACGGGCCCAACAGGAGAGAACAGUCCACAAUGACGUUUCAGCGGAAGGAUAUCGCGGAGGCUCGCGUUGUCCCCGGAAACGUCAACAAGAGCGAUGGGAGGGCCACAAAUGGUAACCGCAACUCUUUCCGACCUGAUUCUGCCAUUGCCAAUCCACGCUUUGGUAAUGAACGCCAGUUGAAGCCCUGGGUUCCCGAGGGUGGUUUCCCCUCCGAUCUCGACGCUCCUCUGGAAAAGUCGACGAGCUCUGGUCACUGGGACCAGUUCGCCGAAAACGAGCGCCUGUUCGGAAUCAAGACCGACUAUGAUGAGAACAUUUAUACGACCGCCAUCGAUAAAAACCAUCCUCAGUACAAAGAACGGCUUGCGGCUGCCGAAAAGAAGGCUCGCGAAAUUGAGCGCAGCGCUCCUGUUACAGCCCACCAUGCCGAGGAGCGCAUCAUGGACUAUGUUGGCGGCGACGAUCACGAUGAAGAAGCCAAAUACAGCAGUGUUCAGCGUCAGCAGGACUUCCCGCCGCUGACAAGCCGGGAGAACAAAUAUACGCCCCCUGCGAAGCGUGCGCCGACGGGCCAGCCUACUGUUAAGGGUGCUCCCAUGGACCCUGCAAUUAUUGCCUCUGCCCUCAAGACUACCAGCAGCAGCUCGACACCCAAGCCGCAACUCCCGACUAGACCAGCUGAGCAACCCAAGCCCGCCGAACAGCCCAAGCCAGUCGAGCAGCCAAAGCCCGCCCCUCCUGCCACGGAGAAGCCGGCCGAGAAGCCGGCCGCGCCAGCCGCCGAGACACCCGCGGGGCCUAAACCGAGCAGUCCUGCCCCUGCUGAGACUAAGGCCCCCGAAACUACCGCGUCAGCUCCUAAGCCUAGCGAUAGCAAGCCUUCCGAAUCCAAGCCUGCCGAGACCAAGGAUGCAGCAGCCUCCACCGCUGCUAAGCCUGCUGCUCCUACGACGACGGCUGCGACCACUACGACCUCAACUGCGUCUACAUCGGCUGCAGCUCCCAUUCGUCCUUCGGCGGCCACUGCUCGUGUUGCUUCCCAAGCCAAGGUCUCGACUCUUCCCACUGCCACCACUAUUGAGCGUGAAGUGCUCUCCUCUUUCAGAACAUUCGCGUCCAGCCAGAGGUACUUGCAUGAGAAGGUCAGGAGCGCCAAGGCCAAGGUCGACAAGGAGGUCAGGUUGUCUGAGCUGAAGAAGUUCGCGGAGAACUUCAAGCUGUCGACCCCGGUUCCCAAAGAUCUAGUUCCUAUCAUUGCGAAGGAUCCUGUCAAGCAGAAGCAGAUACAGGAGAAGGCCCUUCAAGACGCCGCAGAGGCCCGCCAGAGAAGGGAGCAGGCCUUAAGGGAGAAGGAAGCCCAGUUGGCAAAGGAGAAAGAGGCCAAGGCUCAGGCCGAACAGCAGGCCACCGCUACUACCUCUGCCACUCCCGCCCCUGCUACUACUGCUACUGCUGAUGCUCGUGCCCCUGCGCGCCCAGCUGGCCCGCAGCAAUCGGGUUCAACCAUGGGCUUGUCGGGUCGUCACCCUGGUGCUCGGUCCUCUUACAGCGCUCAGCCUCACUACCAGUAUAAUAGGAAUGGUCGUCCGGCUCCUCAUCUCGGUGGCCAGGCGGCUCAGACGGGCAACUUAGCCCAGCGCCUGCGCAACGUUGAGCAGCAGAAGAUGCAGCAUCCGCAUAUGGCCCAGCAUCCUCCUCCGGAGAUGCGUCUUCCCCCCACCGGCCCGGCCAACAUCGAUCCCAACUAUGGCCGCCGUAUUAGCGGUGUGCCCCCAACCUAUCUGGGCCCCAAGCUGAACCCGAAUAGUCACGAGUUUCGCCCGAAUGCGUUCGCUGCCCCAUUCAACCCUGCCAUUCCCAGCCAAGGCUCGAGCCCCCGUUCGUCGGUUAACAACGUUGCCGAGGUGGCACCCAUUCCUGCUCCGCCUGCCAAGGGCCCGCUCGUCCGCCGCAAGACCAAGGCAGUUGAUAUCAAGAAGUGCUACAUUUUGUCGCACAUCGAGACUAUCCAGCCUCCUCAGGGUCGCAACUGGGAUGAGAACGACGGUCUGCGGCCCUCUUACGAAACGAUUCCCACUUGGCGCCAGCUUCAGGACGAGUCGACUGAGGCUCCCGAUUCAACAAUGCGCCUUACCUUCAAUGAAUACUUUGAGAAGCAGCCUCUUCCCAACGCGGCUGUUGCCACGCCGAAUCCCGGCCAUGUCAUGCCUCAGAUGCCGCAUCAGCACCAGCUGCCGUACCACCUACAACAUGGCGCGCAGAACCUGGUUCCAAGGCAGUCUCCUCACCUGGUGCCAAUGCAGAUGCAUGCUGGUCAGCACGGUCACGUUCCCCACGUGCCGUUUACUGCCCCUGACGACCACCGAAUGAUGCAUUCCAACUCGGCACAGUCGUUUGCUUCGCCUAGGAUGGGUCAGGUCCCCAUUGCUUACCCACCGGCAAUGCAAGCUCCUGCCCAGAUCCCCUAUGGGCAACCGGUCAUGCAGCCCUAUGUCACUCCUGCUCCCCAGAUGGGUCAGUUCCGCAGCUUCUCUCACAACCCUCAGUUUAUCCCCCAGCAACCCCAUCAUAUGGCGGCUCCCAUGAUGGUUCAGCCGCAGUUCAUCUCUGCACCCAACGGUAUGGUGGCAGCCGGUCCUAUGUACCCCGGUGCCCACCCGCAGUUCAUUCCUGCUGGCGCAGUUCCGCCGCAGCCGAUUCCGGUAUCUAACGGGUUCCCCAGCCCCGGCCGUCCGGCGGCUCCCAUGAUGGUCCCUCAGGGUUCCCAUCAGGGGACUCCUGCCGGCCAAGCCGUCUACGGUAUGAGCCCUGCUAUGCCAUACCAACAGCCGGUAUACACAAGCCAGCAACCUCAGGGCAAGUUCUCGGGCCAGCGCCCUCAGUGA